AUGUCAACGCAACAUGGCCAGUUUGACCAGCGGCGUUUUCGCUUGGAGGAGUCGACACACCUCAACGGUGGUGCGCGCACCGUCUUCAUCGAGCACAUGACGCCAGGCACGCAGGUGCCCCCGCACCGUCACCACCGCUUCAGCGAGACGUUCGAUCUCAUCUCUGGCAGCAUGUCCGUGUACGCGACGGAUGAGAAGCCGGAUCUCGAGGCCUUGGAUGCCUCGGUGCAGGAGCUGAAGGUCGGUGUGCCCGUCGUCGUACCCAAGGGCAAUCACCACAUGUAUCGCGUGGGCGACGAGGAUACGGUGCUAAGAUGCAUUGUGACGCCGGGAGAUGCGGAUUUUGAACGGCUGUUGAUGAUCAUGAACGGACUGGCGAGGGAUGGACGGAUGGAGGGCCCGGAGGCACUGGGAAGCAGCUUGUUGCUCAUGGCGAUUGCGUUCGACUUGAGUGACGCGCACGUUAUUGGGCCGGUCAGUGAUAUGUUGAAGGGGGUUAAAGCGGAGCAGGGCACAGCGAUCGAAGAGCUGAAGAAGAGCUUGCUGGCAUCGUACCAUAACGAGGAAGGCCUGAAGGAUUUACUGCGCGGAAAUGCCUGA